GGUCGUUGAAACGAAAGGGCGGGCACAUUUUAAAAGGACCUAACGUUUAAACCUUGCCUUUUUACCUUGCCUAGCUGAAUGAAUUGUGACCCCAGCUUCCUACCUAGAUUGUCAUAAUCUGAGGCUUGUUAUUUCUGGUUGUUUUUUAUUGCUAAUUUUUAUAAAUGGUUUAAAAAAUCAAAAGAUGUCAAGUUAGUUACCAAAUAUAUCGCAACAUGUUCUCGAUAGAUUCUUGCCAAAAAAGAUAUCGUCGAAUACUUCAACGCAAAAAAGAAAGGCGAAAACAGGAAAAAGUUCGCAGGAAGAUAGCUUCGCGCAAUAAAAUAAGGGAAGAUAUAGAACUAAACCGUUAUCACAGCAAAAAGUUCCUAAGAAAGGAGGUCUCCAACAGAUUGCAGAUCGCACUGUAUGAAGGAAUAAGGAUCUACAUAGAUUGUUCUUAUGAAGCUCUUAUGUCUCCUAAAGAAUGUAAUAAAUUCGCUCAACAACUAUGUCGUCUUUAUGGCGCAAACAAAAAAGCAACGAAGCCCUUAAGCAUCAACCUUGUGAAUUUCUCACAACAUGGACCUUUGUUCCAUGCUUGCCAGUCCAAAUGUGAUGGAUUCCUAAAGUAUAAGAUUGGAUUGUACUCUGAAACACCAUCAAGCAUCACACCAGAAAAUAUAGAAAUCGUGUACCUCAGUCCGGACGCAAAGGAACCAUUGGUAUCUAUAUCGGAAAAUUGUGCGUACGUCCUAGGAUGUCUUGUGGACGAGCAUAUAUUAAAGGGACGAAGCCGACAAGAAGCUGAGAAUCAGGGUUACCGUGCCGUGCGACUCCCAAUUGAAGAGUUCACAUCUGGAGAAAUAUCUAACCCUGUGUUAGCGAUAAAUCAUGUCGUCGAUAUAAUGCUAGCAUACAUGGCAAAUGGUGGCGACUGGAAAGAGGCCUUAUAUUCUAAAUUGCCCGGACGAUUUUUGAGAUAAUACAUAUAUAUGUGAAAUUUUGUUAUAACUUAUGAAGAAAUAUAAGAAGUUCUAUAAUAAAUAAA